GUACAGGGACAGGGAACACUUCGCGCUAAAUUUUGAAAAGCGUUCACUUCAUUGAGCGCGUUUUGUCAGCAUAGCAAGGACGAUACCAGCUACUAAACAAUUCGACUCUAACCGACUCAAGAGUAUCAGGAUGACUACUCAGAAGAAUGCCCCUGUGGACCGAGGCUGUGCUGUGGCCGUCAUCAUCUUCAUCCUGGGACUGGGGACACUGCUGCCAUGGAACUUCUUCAUCACCGCCACUGAGUAUUUCGACGACCGCCUCAAAGGGACCCCGUCAAGUUACGGAACGACCCCAGUUGCUAAUGGAACGACCCCAGUUACUAAUGGAACGACCCCGGUGACUAAAGACUACGAGUUUGCCAGCUUUAUGACACUUCUAGCCCAGCUUCCCCUGCUCCUCUUCACCCUGGCCAACUCUUUCCUGUAUCAGCGUAUCAGAGAGAAGGUCCGGAUUGCUGUCAGUCUGGUCUCCAUCCUCUGCCUCUUCCUCCUCACGGCCAUCAUGGUCAAGGUGCCCAUGCAGCCCGACAGCUUCUUCUCUAUUACCAUGGCAACUAUCUGGUUCAUCAACUCUUUUGGAGCUGUGCUUCAGGGCAGUCUGUUUGGGCUGGUAGGAAUGCUCCCCCCGAAGUACAGCACGCUGUUCAUGAGUGGUCAGGGACUGGCAGGGAUCUUCGCUGCCCUGGCCAGUCUGCUCUCUAUCCUCAGUAAAACAGACAAGGCCAGUGCCGCUCUUGGAUACUUCAUCACUCCCUGUGUGGCGACUCUGCUCACAUUGCUCAGCUACUUACUACUGCCACACCUGGAGUUUGCCCGGUUCUACUUUGAGAAAAGCCAAAGUCACCAUGGCCAACUGGCGACCCCAAACGGGCCUCUCGAAAGUGCAGACAAAGAAAAAGAAGCUUUGGCCAAGGGUGACCUGAAUGGCUACAACAAUGAACCCAUCAUGACAAAUGGUGACUUUGAGGCCAGUGGGACCAAAGAAGCCCUGUUCAUGACGAAACAGACUGACAGUCACACCAGGUCAUCUGUCCUGGCAGUCUUCAAAAAGGUUUGGGUGAUGGCCCUCUGUGUGACAUGUGUGCUGGCUGUCACACUGUCGGUUUUCCCCGCUGUCACAGUAAAAGUGAAGAGUGUGUAUGGAAACAAGGAGUGGGACCGAUACUUUCUCUGCGUCUGCUGCUUCAUCGUCUUUAACGUCAUGGACCUGAUUGGCCGCAGUGUCACCUCUAUGGUUCAGUGGCCCUCAAAGAGAAGCCGCCUGUUCCCUGUGCUCGUGGUGUCCCGCGUGGUCUUCAUCCCUCUCAUCAUGCUGUGUAAGACUGACAACCGUCAGUACCUGCCGGUCCUGUUCUCCCACGACGUUGCCUUCGUUGCCAUCAUGACAUUAUUCGCCGUGUCCAAUGGAUACUUCAUCUGUCUCUGCAUGUCCUACGCACCUCAGCUGGUGAGGUCUAAAGACUGUGAGACAGCAGGUGCCUUGAUGACCUUCUUCCUGGCUCUGGGUCUGUCUCUAGGGGCAGCCCUCUCCUUCCUGCUGAGGAACCUGCUUUAGGGAACACCACCCUCUACAUACAGUGGGGCAAAAAAGGUAUUUAGACAGCCACCAAUUGUGCAAGUUCUCCCACUUAAAAAGAUGAGAGAGGCCUGUAAUUUUCAUCAUAGGUACACUUCACAAUUGGUGGCUGACUAAAUACUUUUUGCCGCUCUAACCAAAGUAAGUCUGGUGACACUCUAAUACAAAGAGACUGCUAAUCCUGAACCUAAAAGGGUUAUUCAUCUGUCCCCAUAGGAGAACCCUUUGAAGAAGCCUUUUUGAUUCCAGGCAGAACCCUUUUGGGUUCCAUGUAGAACCCUCGGUGAAAAGAAAAGGGUUCUACCUGGAGACGAAAAGGGUUCUCCUAUGGGGACAGCCAAAUAACCCUUUUGGAACUAUUUUUUUCUAAGAGUGUAUUUAUGUGUUACUCUCUGAAUAGAAAUGGGUUAUACACAUAUUCAUUAAUGUCAAAGCAAACGUACAGUACCAGUCAAAAGUUUGGACAAACCUAUUCAUUCCAAGGUUUUUCUUUAUUUUGACUAUUUUCUACAUUGUCGAAUAAUAGUGAAGACAUAAACUAUGAAUAACACAUGUGGAAUGAU